UUCAUUUUUGGAUAAGUUGUUGAGUCGAACACAUCUAGCUCCGAAUAUUCCAAUUUUAGUUUUGUUUUUAUAAACAAAUUUUUAUAAAAACAAAUCAUUUUUUAUAAUUACUUACAUUUCGUCUCAUAUUCCAAAGUUGAAAGUGUGAAUUUUUUUGGACUUAAACUAUUUUCGGUGACUUUAAAACCUUCCUAAUUCUCUUUUAGUUAAAAAUUUUAAGAGCCAUGUGGAAGAAAUUACGCAAUCACUGGGUUAUGCUGAAAACAGCUAAGGAUUUCGCCUUGGGUCCUGAUGCAAAGAAGAUGCUGGCGUCAAAAAAAAAAAAUCGUUGUCCAACAACGGAUAUGCUUAUAGAAGCCAUUUACAAAAGGAACCCGCACUUGCUUGAAAUAUCUGAUUCGGACAGGAAGCGUUUGCGACGUGAAAUACCAAAUCCAAAUCCGCCAAAGAAAGACACGAAUCCAUUGCCUAUACUCCAUAUCGAACGCCUGCCCGAUUGGAAGGACGUUCUCAAACGACCACUGUAUGAUUUGAAUAAACCGAAAUCCCCUGAUGCAUAUGCCGUACCUCAGAAAUGGACCACGUCUCCCCCGAUAAUACCAGGCCAGCGACAACCAGACUACUUCUCUAAGCCCAACUUGAUGGAUGACAAAAACCGGACCUCUACGCUCAAUGCCCUGCUUGCCCUUGCAGCUGGCAAGGGCAAAUAAACCCUGACAGGCCAAACGGAGAUGGAGAAAACUAGCUGAAAAAUCCCAAAAUUAUUUCCCAUCUCUUGCUAUAUCCGCAUUUGUAUAAAACUUUUUUACCGUGUUCGUAACAUUUCGUAUUGGAUUCAAAAUUUUUAAAGUAUAUAAACAAUCUUGGUAACAAAAUUCGCAAAUAAAUUAAAGAGUGUAAACCGCCAACAGAAA